GUGAAAAUUUAUAUCCAAUUAUUUUCGAACCCGCUGAACAAUUUCGUCUUAAUUGUAAAGGUCGAUUAGCUUUGACCAAAGUGGUCAAAUUACACUGUGAAGUUAAAAACCAUGCAAUACAGUUAAUACAGUUGCAAAAAGACCCAUAA